UCGGUGUCGUGCCGUCCCGGCGUCGCCUUCGCCGCGUCGUAAAGCUCACGGCUUCACCCUCCCUGGCCCUGGACACCGACGACGCCCAACCAAACGCCCGCCCGCCCGCCAGCGAGCGCCAUGAGCCACACACGCGCGCGCCUGCCUAAAAGCCUAGCCGGAUCGCCCCUCCCCAUGCGCACAUGGACGCGGUCGUGGCCCCGGCCGCGCGCCGCCGCCUCGUCGCCAAUGCCAUCCACGGCGACGACCCUCGCGCCCACCGCGCCGCCGCCGCCGCCGAGUCCGCCUCACGGCCGGGCGCCGCCGCGCGGCCGCCGGCGCCGCGGGAGUCGUUCCCGAUGCUGCUGCCGGUGUUCGUCCUCUUCGUGCUCCUCCUCUGCUUCCUCUCCAUCUUCCUCCUGCGCGACCUCCUCCACUUCUUCUCCCUCUGGCUCCGCCGCCGGCGCCGCCUCCGCGCCGGUGCGGACGCCGCGUCCGGCGCCGGCGCCACGCCGGACGCGCCGCCCAAGCCGGCCGGGCUGGACCCCGCGGUCCUCGCCACGUUCCCCACGGUCCGGUGGAUCGAGGCGACGCCGCGGUCGCCCACGCCGGCGGCGCACGCCGAGUGCGCUGUCUGCCUGUCCGAGUUCGCCGCGGGCGACGCCGUCCGCCUGCUAACCGUCUGCCGCCACGCGUUCCACACGGCGUGCAUCGACUCCUGGCUCGGUGCGCACACCACGUGCCCCGUCUGCCGCUCCGAACUCGAUGCGCCCCCGCCCCGGCCAGGCGGCGGCGGCGGCGACGGCGACGGCGGCCGCAUCGCGAUCGUGGUCGACGGUCAGCGAGCCAGCACGGCGGUGGCCGAAACCGACCGGACGACAUCAAACCCGGCGAGUGGUGGCGUGCGAUCGCGACCUGACCGGUGACAUACAUGGCGGCCAGACUCCAAGUGCCAGGCCACCGGCGACUUGUCUAGAUUCCUUAGGCUUUUUUUUUUUGGGGUGUGUUUGGUUUGAGGAUAGAUAGCUGCCAGGAUCUGUAUCCAUGGUGAUACUGGAAAUAUGAUUUUUUUUUGUGUGAAUUUUCUGUAUAUGCUGAAGGAAUGAACGAACUGUACCACGUGUACAUACACACUGUUACAGAUAUAUGCAGGUAUGAUAAUGCAUAACACUCAUGCACA